AUUUGUAAAACAAAAUAAUUCGCCCCCUUAUUCCAAAAAGCUCAUAACUAGUAGUAUAAUUGAAGAGAAAUCCCAAUUUUUCACUUUCUUCGUUUAAGGGCAGCAAUCGAAUAGACCUCGACAGUGUCCGGCGAUUUGGAAUUUUUCGGAAUAAUGAGGAGACAGGGGCAGUAUGGUGAUGCAUCUGCGAAUAGUUAUGGGGCUUCACAGAUGCAUCAUAAUCAUAAUCAUAAUCAUCAUAUGGCUGGUCAAAGUAUGGAAACAAAGUCUGGUAACUUUGAAGGACGGUUAGAGGCGUUCACUCCGGAAAGGGAGAAUUCGUAUCCGAAUUCUAAGCCAGAGGGUCAGUGGAGAUGGGAAUCGGAUGAAUCGAAGAUGUCUAAUUCAAUGCCAUCUCAUAUGUAUAAUGAAGGUCAAGGUGGUGAUGCUUCAAGGUCCUAUUUUCAAGGACAGAGGCCUGAUCCUAAAUUGGCUUUGCAGAGCCGGAGCAACAGUGAUUCCAGAUCUCAGGCCCAUGAAGAAAAUAUAGAUGUUAGAUAUGAAGGAAAUCAUUUAUCACAAACUUUUGAAGGUCUUGAGCAGAAUUUUCAUGAUGACAUUGUUAAACUGACUAAAGAACAGCACGAUGUUGAAGAUGCAGAACAUGCCAGGCACAGAGAGAAAAUAAAUGCGAUCAAUUCUCAGUAUGAAGAAAAACUGGAAGCACUCAGAGCUCGGCAUGGAAAGCGUAGAACUGAAUUUCUUCAAAGGGAAUCACGUGCAAGACAACAGCAGUAUGAACAAAUAAUUCGGGAUCCUUAUUCCGGUAGUGGCACGGCAUCCAGAGGCCCUCAUGCCCAUAGCAACGUAAAUGCUUCAGCUUCGGGUGGGGAACCCCAACGAGGCUAUUCUGCUGAUCACUUUGAUCCCUACAGAGAGCAAUCUCGAUUUCUUGGGAGUGCAAGAGAUCAAGGAUUCGAACCUAGAGGUCCGUAUCCCGGGGGACGUGUCUAUGACACUGGUUCACGUUAUUACAACUAAGUUUUGACCAAAAGUUCAGCUCUCAUGUUCGGUUUGUACUAUGUACAAUUUAAAUUGCAUACAUGCAUUUAGAUGUAGUGUGACUAGCAUGUUUGUUGUGUUUGUGAAAUUCAAUACCAUUCAAAACUAUGAAAUAAUUUUAUUCCUUUUU